AUUGUCAAAGCCAACAACCGGGACCUCUCCUUCAUCCUCCUGGUUUCCCUCCUGCUUUGCUUCUUGUCUUCCUUUUUCUUCAUUGGACAACCAAGCAAAGUCACCUGUCUUCUCCGACAAACCGUGUUCAGCAUUAUCUUCUCAGUAGCUGUGUCUUCUGUGUUGGCCAAAUCAGUCAUGGUGGUGCUGGCCUUCCUGGUCACGAAACCAGGGAACAGAGUGAAGAGAUGGUUGGGGAAGAGUUUGCCCAACUCCAUCAUCCUUUCUUGUUCUGGUGUCCAAAUUUUCAUCUGCUCCAUCUGGCUGGGAGUUUCUCCCCCAUUUCCUGACUCUGACCUGCACUCCCAGCCUGGAGAGAUCAUCCUUCAAUGCAAUGAAGGAUCUGUUGCUAUGUUUUAUAUUGUCCUCAGCUACAUGGGUUUCCUAGCAGCCAUUUGCUUCAUUGUAGCUUUCCUGGCCAGAAAUCUGCCUGGGGCCUUCAAUGAAGCCAAGCUGAUCACCUUCAGCAUGCUGGUCUUCUGCAGUGUCUGGGUCACCUUCCUGCCCACUUACCUGAGUACCAAAGGAAAGUCCAUGGCUUCAAAUAAAGGUCUCUCGCUUCCCCUCCAUUCUCUGCUGGAUCCUACCCAGAGGCCAAAAGACUUUAACCGGGUCACCCACAUCUCUUUGGAAGUAGGAUCAGGCAUGCAGAUUAAGGGGUGA